CUGAGCAGGAACCGGCUGGUUUGUGCUAUCCGCGCAAAGAAAUCCCAAAGAAACGAGAGGACCGCAACAAAACGGAGUCGUUUGAAAAAUUUGCUUCACGAGCUGGGGUUUUUGUUUUUGCGGUCUUGAAGCUUUCAGGCUCAUCUUCGUCCUGUUGCUCUGCACGCUCGCAUUGUAGGAGGAGGACUGGUCUCCCUUUUGUGUGGCUCUGCGCUUGUUUAUUCAACUUCUUCUGCCUCCCGAAUUCAGCAAACAGGAGGUGGUUUGUUGCAGCUUCUCAUUGUGUCGCCCUACACGGAAUGAAUGACAAAAACAAAGGAGGUUGAUGUCCAUAACUCUCCGACUCACCUCUCCUUCGCCUCGCCAAAGGAACGGAGACUUCAUCUCCGGCAGAAGAUGGAAAGCGGAGGCGGGACGGAGAGCGCGGACGGCGGCCAGGGGCAGCACUCGGUGCCCGGUCAGCAGCAGCAGCAGCGCGGGGCUGAAACGGCGGCACAGCCCGCUCACACGGGUGAAAAGAAAAAAAAGAUAAACCGGGCACCGUCUCCAGCGAGGCCGAAGGACGUGCCCGGUUGGUCGCUCACAAAGAUCCGCGGAGGGAUCGGGAGCACGACCCUGAGCGUCAAGCCCGGAGCCAUCCAUCUGGGCAGCCGCAUUUCCAGGCGCAGCCCGGUGGGCAGCCUCGCUGGAAAGGACGGCAAAGCCGAGAGGGGCGGCGGUAAAGCGGUGGGGAAAUCUUCGCUGCUGUCCAAGACCUCGGCGUCCAAAGUGGCAAAAAGCAACAGCGGCCGGAGGAAGGCGUCGGACGCCAGCACUGGGUCCGACGACCUGUCCAAAGACUCCGGGUGCGCCGCGGGGAAGCUCUCCCCGACAGACAGCAGCUCCGAGCUUUCGGACUGCGCCUCCGAGGAAAACAAACUCUCGGCGGAUGCUGGGAGCAGCGACACCGAGUCGAGGAGCAGCCGCGGCGCAGAAGGAGAGAAGCCGCUCGGGAGCAGAGCUGGCCAGCGAGCAGCCGCCAAGAACACCUGCUCCACCGCGGGGAAGGAUGAGAAGGAUCGGCGCUCUCUGAGCGUGGAGACCGGGGAGGACAGCACUUCCCCGGGCGAGGAGCGGUCGGCCACCUCGUUUGACAGCAGGGUGCCGGCCAGCACUUCUCUGGCGUUCUCAGACCUCACGGAGGAGUUCACCGACGGCAUGCAUGAGGAGUACCUCAGGGAGAUAGAAGAGCUGAGAUCUGAAAAUGAUUACCUCAAAGAUGAGAUGGAGGAGCUGAGGUCUGAGAUGCUGGAAAUGAGGGACAUGUACAUGGAGGACGAUGUUUACCAGCUGCAGGAGCUGCGCCAACAACUGGAGCAGGCGAACAAAACCUGCCGCAUCCUGCAGUACCGACUGAGAAAGGCAGAGCGGCGCUCUCUGCGCGUAGCCCAAACGGGCCAGGUGGACGGAGAACUGAUAAGGACGUUGGAGCAAGAUGUAAAAGUGGCGAAGGAUGUUUCCAUCCGAAUCCAUAGCCAGUUGGACAGCGUGGAGAAGAAGAGGAGUCGGCUGGAGCAGGAGAACGAAGAGCUCCGAGUCCGGCUGCAGGACCUGGAGGUCGCCAAACAAGUCCUGCAGCAGGAGCUGGACAAGAACUCCCAGAAGAAAAGAGGAGCACGGUCCAGCAACAAACCGGACAAGAAGCCUGCUCCACAGGAAGACAAUUCAGACCUGAAGUGUCAGCUCCACUUUGCCAAAGAGGAGUCGGCCCUGAUGUGCAAGAAGCUGACCAAGUUGGUGAAGGACAGCGAGGCCAUGAAGGAAGAGCUGGCCAAGUACAGGUCUCUAUACGGAGACGUCAACAGCUCGCUCACCGUGGAGGAGGUUGCCGACUCUCCGCACACUCGCGAAGCUGAGGUCAGAGUUCACCUAAAGCUAGUCGAGGAGGAGGCCAACCUGCUAAGUCGACGCAUCGUGGAGCUGGAGGUGGAGAACAGGGGACUCCGAGCCGAGAUGGACGAAAUGAAGGGCUCCCAAGAAGGCCAUCAAGAACUUUCUAGCGUUGGUCCAGGGGCCAUGGUGCUUGGCGGAGGGGCCUCGUCCGAAAACGUCAUGGAGCUCCAGAGGCACCUGCAGUUUGUGGAGGAGGAGGCCGAGCUGCUGAGGAGGUCUCUGAUCGAGAUGGAGGAGCAAAACAAACUGCUGAUGAAUGAGAUCAACCGCUACAAAUCCGAACUCCCGCCUGCGACGUCCGCGCUGUCCACCGAGUCGCUGCUGUCUCUGACGGACGGGCUGCUGAACGACAGCCACUCGGUCCAGGACGGGGCCGUGCUCAUCAGCACCGACACUCCGACCCCGGAGGAGGAACUGAGGCUGGCGAGGCUUCAGGUGGGAGAGCUGAGCGGGAAAGUGAAGAAACUGCAGUACGAGAACCGCGUGCUGCUGUCCAACCUGCAGCGCUGCGAUCUCGCCUCGUAUCACGCUCCGUCUUCCUCGUCCUUGUCGAGGCUAGCUUUGGAGACCGAUGCAGAAGCAGGAGACUCAGCAGAGUGCCUCCCUCUCAGCCCGCCUCAUCGCAAAGAGCCAGUAGGUGGUGAGAACGACGCCAUGGAGAUGGAUGAACAGAAAAAGAAGAUCGAGGACAUCGCUGAGCCAAUGACUCCACUCUCUGGGUGCCUGGGGCAGAAGGACCGUGAUGCCUUGUUGGCCCUGAGGGACCAGGCUCGUUUGGUUUCCACUGCCAUACAGCUGCUGACCUCCCCCGAGUCUAACUGCCUGUCCUCCUCCUCCUCUCCUUCGCUGUAUCACAAGGUCUGCAGCAAUGAGGCAGCAGAGCCGUGUGACCUCGAGAAAACUCAGCCUCACUGCCAGAUCUCGGAGCUUUCCGAUUUGGCGGACCGUCCUCUAGUUGGUGCUCUGACCAGCAGGCUUCAGGCCCUGCACACCCAGCUGCAGGCCUUUGUAGAGCAGGUGGACGGCUUGGGUAAACCUCCGGCUGGGGGGAGAGACGCUCUGGUGGAAGGGGCGUCCCCUCCAGCGUCACCCUGCGCUUCCAUCCCCUGCUCUGGAGACGGCCAGGAUCAAGACAACAGAGUCGAGCACAAGCAGCCUGAUUAUAGGGACCAAUCAGAACCAGACGAGAAAGAUGACACUUACCAGAGCAGCCAGUCCAUCAGCAACGACAUGCAAAAUCGGGCAGCUGGACAAACGGAGCAGGAGAAGGAGACGGAUCGUUCCACGUCUGUCCAGCUCAGUGACCUGCAGGCGCAGCUGUCCACAGAAAAGGACUCAGCCAGAGGAACUCUGGAGGAGCUGGAGAGGGAAAGGCAGAGCCACAAAGGAAUCAGCUUGAGACUCUCACAGCUCCAGGAGGAGCACCAGAAGGCCCUGCUCAGACGGGACUUCCAGCUUCAGAGCCUGGGCCUGCAGGCUCGCCUUCAGCAGAAGCUGUGGGUUCAGGAGAGGACUCUGCUCGUUCAAGAGUCCCAGCACUUGAAACAAGCUCUGUUGCUGCUGAGUCUGAAACUGCGCUGCUUCCUCAAACAGUGGAGGCUGGGCUGCAAAAAGGAUGCAGAGGGGAAAGAUGUUUUGGAGAUGAACAGCCUGAAGGAUUUGUACCUGCUGCUGGAGGAGGAGAGCCAGACAGACAAGAGAGCCUCUGCAGACGAACAGCCUCUCAGCCCGACUAUAAAGUCAAGUGCUGUGAGUAGCACUUUGGCAGACCUAAAGGUUGCUCUGCAGGACCUGAGUGCAGAGUUGAGACAAGAGAGACAAGGCUCCCAGGAACUUACUCAGCAGUUCGCAAAGGCCAAAGCAUCGUGGGAGGUGGAGAGAACCGAACUGAAGAGCCUCAUCACGCAGUUUGAGACCAAACUUGGGAAAACCACAGCAGCGCUGUCCUCCGCUGAAACCCUGGACCCUCUUGACCUGAAGGUGGCCCUUAAAAAGGAGCGUGAGGAGCACCAGCACCUCCUCGCCGAGUCGUAUGCAGCCGUGAUGGACUUAACCAAACAGCUUCAGAUAGGAGAGAGGAACUGGAGCAGAGAGAAGCUGGAGCUGCUGGAGAGGUUCAGCCAGGAGCGAACACAGUGGGAACAAAGGCUGAGAGACGCUGCCACUCAACAGGAGAAGGUGCGAACGUCGAAGCCUCCGGGAGACGAAUCCACAGUGGACACGGGUGCUGUAAUUGGAUCAGCAUCGCCGAGGAUCAAAUCUGCACUGGACGACUCAGAGGGUAGCAGAUCUUCAUGUGUGAAGGACAAAGCACAUUUUGGUUCAAUGCCGCUUUUUACUGGAGCCGAGUUUGGAGAUAUAACCGUGAAGAACUGGACCAGCAUAACCAACGAGACCCCAGAGAUGACUGACACCUGUAAAACCUGGGAUGGUCCCAGUGGUUCUUCAAACAGCUCUGCAGCCUCUCAGAUGGACAUGGACUUUGUGCAGAGGAGCUGCACUGCUCCGGACCGGACCGGCAUCCGUAUCUACUACAGCCCUCCUGCUGUGAGGCGUAUGGAGCACCGGAGAAGAUACCAGGAGCCUCUAGAUCCCGACCAAUACGGCAUUGGGGGCUCUUCUCUAAAACAGAAUGACCCGGAUGGUGGCGUGGCUUCGCUAAACGCGCUCGAUGCUCAGCACGCACAACCCGCCUCAUCGUUUACCUCUUCUUAUGAGCAGUGGCUCAGCUCGCUGUCCAAGCAGCACCUGGAGCUGCUGGAGAGCAGAGGCAGCAGCAUUUCUGCGUCGAUGCCGAGCGUUUUCAGCAGCAGUGUCAGCAGCGGGGCGGCUAACAGGGUGGUGGACGGGAUGACGUCCAGUUCUCCCUUCCAUGACCUGGAGAUCGGAGACAUCUCUGCCAACUUGAGUGAUGACAUGAAGGAAAUGACUAACUGUGUCCGGCAAGCUAUUCGCUCUUCCUCUCUGGAGAGGAAAUCCAGCAAGGAGUCUGGUAGUCAGCCCGUUGGAGUAUCCAACAAGUCCACCCAGACUGUGGCUCAGGGUGUCAGCAUCGGGCUGCAGACAGAGACCAGCAGGGCAGCGGGGUUGCACUCCAAAUCCUGGUCUCCUCGGCCAACACCAACAACCACUUCCUCACUGGCAUCCGCCCGAACUCGACAGAUUUCUACGUCUCUGGAUAAAGUGCACAGCCGCAUCGAGAGGCCUUGCUGUUCGCCCAAGUAUGGAUCGCCUAAGCUACAGCGGAGAGUGUCUUCUGGUUCCACUUCCAGACUGGACGGCGCUUCCUCCACCAGGGACCGCAGCAUGUGGAGCCUACAUCAGAGGCCCAUCGGCGGGAGCGGCGGCUCUGCGUGGGCUCGCUCCACUACGACGAGGGACAGCCCCGUCCUGAACGGCCUCACCGAUGGCCUCUCCAGCCUUUUCAGCGUCGUGGAGCACUCCGGAAGCACAGAGUCGCUUUGGAGGAGUGAAAUCGGCCAGACGGCCAGCCCGGCGCGGCAGCCCCACGCUGCUGGAAAACCCUCCGGUGCUGCUGUUUGCGGCUCCGACUCCAACACUCAGCGGUAUGGCGGGCUGGUGCAGGAGUUCUUCAGGAAUGUGUGCAGCAGCCGCGGCCCAGGUGGAGCCCCCCUAUCUGUGGAGAGAGUGCAGAGAGACUCCCUCACUGUCCUCGGAGGCGUGGGGGUCUUGGGUGGCGUGAACAGCCUGGACGAACCCGCGCUCGGAGGGGCUGCUGCGUUGUCUGGACUGAGUGGAGGCAGCGACAGCGUGACCAAGAUUGUCAAUAAGCGGUUUAUGAGGCAGACAGCUGGGGAGGAGAUGAUCAGCAUCAUGGGAGGAGGGAAGGAAGCAACGAGUAACAGCGUGCCUGUAGGACCGGCAACCGAGGACGCACCGUGCGAUUGUGCUACCCAGUCCUCCUGCUUUGUCCGAUCGUCGAGAGCAGCCGCUCGCCACUGCAAGCACCGCCCACAGGACUCUCCAUCUGGCGCCGAGGAGAAAGGAGAAGCCUGUAACGAGUGAUGAGCCUCCCACUGCCCCAGCGAAGACGGGAGAAAAUUCACUUCUUCACAAACACGACUGCCUUGGAAUUGCUUUCCCACGCCUCCCAGAGCACCAAAUGCAUACAAACACCUACAAUCUGCCACGCACACAGGCCCACUGCCAAACAUAACAUUGCGUCAGCACACAGCGCAAACUGCCCCCCCACAAAGCUACUGCCACCUUCUCUCAAUCAGAACCCCGGAGAUGCCACUCCGGUUUCCAGACGUGCAACCGAUGCCAAGGACUCCGCCAGCAUCCCAGACCUACCAGCAGGACUGAAACCAGAACUGCCAUCUAACACCACAGAUACCAAUCAACAGGCUAAAUAAUGAUGAUGUCAGGACUCAAACCACAACCUCCAUGUAACAGAAUAACAGGUACUACAAUCAGUCCGCUAAAAUCACACAUUCACAACUACAAGCUAUUAUGUUACCACCAUCAUGCUGUUUAAUGAGCAGGUAUUUUAAAUAUUAUGUGUAACUUCGGGGGGUAUGAAACAAAAUUUUUUUUUACUAUUAUUAUUAUUAUUUUUUUUUUCAUAUACAUUCUGGCUGGUCUGAGACGGCCAGUCUGUAAAUCGAGACACAAUGAAAUGUUUCGAUGAUUUCACAGUGUUGGACCUGUACUUAAAACGUCACGCAGUGUCGGAUUGCUUUGCACAAAUGACCUCACAGAUCCAAAAAAUGCCACAUCUUAAUGACACGCAUUAGAGAGGCAUACACCAUGUCUUAUUAGUAUAGGAAGACAUUGGAAACCACUGGGUUGUGUGUCUCAGGAUGACCAGAUUUGAACUAAAAUGAAGAAUACAGGUACCUAAUGGCUCCAAAAAUUAAACCAUAAAAAUAAUUAUAGGGACUGUGUUUAACCAAUGUUCCUGGAGAGCAAACUGAUCUGAUGGCUUGAUUUUCUAGUGCUGUCUGCCCUCUGUCUUAUUGAACAACGGGAACAAAUACAGACAAAAUGGAUGAUAUGAAAGUCAUGACUUUGACCUUUGAUGAUAGAAAUUAUGUUUUAUAUUUAAGCAGACGGCCAGAGAUAGAGUUGUAUUGAGGUCAUCCUCAGGUGACAUCAUUACAAGCACCAAUCUGGUAAACACAUGUACAUAUCUGCUGUGCGCCAUCUUGAAAUGGCUUCUGUUGUGACACACUUUGGGAAUCAUUCCUCCUUGUUGUUAAGUUAAACUGGGAUUAUUUUUGUUAAGCUCAUGGGACGUUGGAUAAAAAUGUAAUUUUUUUAUUUACAUUAAAUUGUUUAUUUAUUAUGUUGUUUUUUUUUCAGAUUACCCAAUAUUGGGAGCAAGAAAUUAAAAGCAUUCCAGUUUUACAAAUACAUCAAAAAGUUUUUGGGGAAAAGUAAACAAAUAUGGUGCAUUGCAAAAGUAUUCAUACUCCUUGACCAUUCCACUACAUAUAUUUACAUUCAUCUAAUCCAUUGUAGCUCUGGUUGCAUGUUCAUGAUUGUUGUUCUGCUGGAGGGUAAACCUCAACCACAGUCUCAAGUCUUUUGCACCUUCAGAAUUUUCCUGAAAUUUUCUCCGUCACUGUUCUCAUGAACUUUUGUACUAGCUUUCGUAAAAGUUGUAGGUUAAAAAAAAUAAAAAAUAAAAGCGUGAUUGAUAUGAAUCAUUUUGCAAGGCAGUGAACUCCAUAGUUUGGACACUUGGAACAGACACACUAACUGGCCUCUGUCUAAGUCAAGAUAUCAAAGUGAACAGAUUGUCACAUCCAUACACCGACAGCUAUCUUUCGUACUAAUAAAGCUCGUUGAAUUGGUUCAAAGCCUUACAGCACACUUGGAAUCUCUGUAAGGAUUUUUAAAAUGUUAUUUAAACAUGUAUUUUUUUUUAAUCAGCAAAAUAUAACUUUUAAUAUUUAAAUAUCUAAAGCAUUGAAACUUUUAACUUAUUUGAAAUAGAUUCAUAAAUUGAUUGUCUAUAUAAAUAAAAGAAGCUGGAAUACGAAGUUAACUAUAAGAUGGGCGACAGAGUUCAUUUUCCUGUAACAGCUGGACAUAAUGGGCAGCAUAAAUCAACACCAACACAAUUGCAAAGUCACAAAGACCCUGCAAAUAGAAGAAAUCUGAUGUUGGACAAAAUAUAAACAUAAACUCUGAAGGAUUUUAUACAUGUAUCCUGAGUCCAUCACUUUGCCAUGUCCUUUUUUAUAUAUUGGAUUUGCUAUUCAAAUGGCCUGUUGGAUUAUUUAUCUUAUAUUUUUCACACUAAAACCAGACUCUCUAAAACUGUCUGUUUGUUUCAUUAAUGUACUGUACCCUGGUAAAGCGACAAGAGGCUUACAACUGUAGCUGGAUGUGGCAUAGGUUGCACAUCUGGCAUUUUUAAAAUACAAAGAAAUUCUUUCUGGAAUAUCUACUAUUUUACUUUUUAAUUGAUGUUCUGCUGAUCUGUUGUCAAGUCUCUGUUUUGAUAUGAUGGUGCUACUUGGUGUGCAGCCUUCUGUGGACUUCAACAGAGAACCUACCCAUCUUGUGUAUGCACACAGUUUAAUGACUCAGCAAUUUAAAAGUAGGGCAUUACAUAAAGUACAUAUACUUAAAUGACAUGCUGAGGAAAACCCACAGUCUCUGUGCUACUUUCUCGGUUUUAGCCCUCAUUUUGGGUACAAAACCAACUGCAUAAAACCAGCUGCUGCCUCUCCAGCCACCGACAUGAAAACAGCUCACCUAGGCCGUCUGAGUUCUGGCCUCAAUUUUAUGGCUGUACUUGUUGUCUGACUGGUUUACCAGCUCAGCAAAGUUUCAACGGUUUCCAAAAAGGUCAUUUAUUAUUCCUCUUUCAUAUUUCACUUUUUAAAAACGUUUGCAUUUUCCUGAACAACAAUUAUCUAUAACUUAAUCUCCAUUUAAAUUCAACAAAAAAACACAAUAAAUAUGACUUGAAUAUUUUAUGUUUUCAUUUUCAAUUGCGCUAUUGAACCAUUUUAGGAAAAAACGCCUAAAAUGGCUAAACACUUAGCUGAGAUGUUCAUCCAGCAAAGCUGUCUUUCUCAUUUCUUCAUGAUUGUUAUUUAAAGCAAAUCCCUGUUAAAGUAUAUUAAAAUAUUAUACUCUAUUCAAAUCUGACCGAAAAAUGUAGGGCACACUGUUCCCUCAGUGCUGAUUCACAUUAAGAUAUUUAGUAUUUUUCCAGAACUCAAAAUAAACUCAGAGGGCUUUCUGUAAUUUGAAAAUGUGUGUUGUAAUGGAAAAUUUUCAUAACAAUAUGAUUCAAAGAACUGCAGCUGUGUGUCCCACUGUUAAAGAGUUAUCCAGAAAUGAUCAUUUUUGACUUUGCAAACUGUUAGCUUUAGCUUAUAGCUAGAUGCUCAUAGAAAAACAGUUCAAUCACUUGUCAGUUCUGGUCCUUUUAUCAUAUCUGAAAUAUUGAAGGCACAAGUUAAUUUGACAUAAUCUUCAAUAAACCAGUAAUUUGAGAACCAGUGUUAAACAUUCAAACCUAUACAAACAGUUAGCACGCUAACAAGAGCCACAGCUCAUAGGAUAUUAAACCAUAUUUACCAGUAGUUUUUCUUUCAAAAAAUUUCUGUCUGCAGUUAAAACCCCAACAAAAUAGCAGACAUUAAACAGACUGCAUCACAAAGUUUAGUGGUCAUCUUUAUGCACUGUCUUCUGUCUAAAAGGAUUGUUUCUAACAGUUUCAUUCUCCAGACUACAAAAACCCAAACCGAUUGGCACACAGAAGAUUUCCAAACAGUGUUCAAACAAGAACCUGCCUUUUUCAAUCUUCCCUUUGCAUUAAUAUCUGAAACUCAACGCUAUUAACACCGUGUGCGACCAACAAAACAGGCUUGUGCUUAAAACAUUAAGAUGAUUGGUUUUAUACACUGCGAACCAACAAACCACUGUGGCAGGGAUUUAUGGGAUGUUCGUUGUCCUGUUCCAAAUAAAAAGCAACUUUAUAACAUGAUAUUGUAAUUUUAAACUAUAUUUCUGAUUGCACAAAAGUACAAGUGGACAGUUUACAGAAUUUUUUUCUACCUCUUAGACUGUAGUCUAAAAUAAACACAAACACUAAAGUCAUGUAAAUCUGCCAGAAAUUUUCAAUUGAAACUCAUGCAAUCUCUACAUUUUAUUUUCAAUGUCAUUCUGUCAACAAGAGGGUCACUUUAGUGCCUUUCCUCUACAAAAGUGUCUUGUUUUUACUAGAACCUUAUUCCUUUAUCUGCAGCAAUUCCAUUACAAAAAAGCAACACGUUUAAGUUCAAAUAUUCAGAUUAGAUACAUGUCGAAUUAAAUCUAAUAGUUGUGUUAUUUUGCACAAUUGAUAAGGGAUUUAUGAGAUGAUUUAUUAAUAUUUUGGUUUAUCAGAUCUCCAAACAAGUCAAAAUUAAGAAAAAUAGAACAUGUUUUCAAUGAAUGCCUGUAGCCUACACUGUUUUUUCUUCUCUUUUUUUAUGUGAAUAGGUCUAAAUUUAAGAUGGCAUCAUUAUAUGAAGAACCAAACACAUAAUGAGAAAAGUUAUUUCAUUUUUGGUGUCUUCUAGAGAAGUAUGCAGACAUGCUGGACACAUACUUGUUUGACUUGUGGCAGAAUGAUAUGCAUAUAAUGAUUCUGAUUAUUUUUAAAUUACAACAUAGAAUGUGGCUUGGUAGAGGUGGAUAUCCGUCUCUCUCUAAUCUCUAAAUUACAUUUCACCCAUUAACAAAAACAUUUUGCAGAAAAUGUCACCAGCCAAUGACUUUUUUGAAAGCGCUGGGGUACCAACCAAUACCCGUACCCAUUUUGUAAUGUGUCCAUACCACUAAUUAAAUUAUUACAUGCUGGGAUUAUGUAAAUGAUUCUUAGCUGGUCAUACUGGUAGCUAAGGUAUUACUUAAGGACAGUCUGUAUAUUAGCUUUAUUAACAUACAAUAAUCUCUUUUUAACAGUGCUUGAUUAAUAAGAUGUUAAACGAGUACUUGGUAAAGAAUUCCCACCCACAUUGUAAAGCAACGGGAAAGUGAAACAUUUUGUUCCCUGCCCUUCUGUUUCUAUGAGAAUAGCUGAAUGUCAACAGCUGAUCUGACCCAGGUCGCUGCGGAAAUAUGUAGCUCUCUCCCUCUUCAGAUGGCACCUGACCAUUAUCAUGUAUAUAGUUGCAUUUUGAAGAUGACUGAUGGAAAAAAAAAUGAAAUAAAAUAAAAUAAAACAAUAAGCAUUGGAAGAUGUGAGGAAAAGAUGUGCAAAUGGAUUUUUGAAGGUAUUUUUGUUUUUCCAACCAUGGUAGCUUAUAAAAUAAGAUGAAACUGCUUCCUGUUUGUCAUAGAAUACACAAAUAAACGUAUCAUGGAUUUUGA